AUGCGCGGCAAGCGGCAAGUUGGAUUGCCGCCGCCGGAAGAGGAAUCAGCGCAGCAGCAACAGCAAGAACAGGAGCAGGAGCAGCAGCGGAGGAGGCAUCAGCUCGAGGCGUUGGUCCACGCGGGCAAGGAGCCCCAGCUCGCGGCGGGCGACGCCGGCGGCCUCCAGCACUCGCCCGGGGCCGGGGGCUCCAUCAGCCCCGCUUCCCACCAUCCCGGUUACCACGCCAUCAUCGACCCCCACGGCGUUGCGGACCCCUCCGUCAACGUGCCCGAGUACCCGUGGAUGAAGGAGAAGAAGACCACCAGGAAGAGCAAUCAACAAGAAAACGGACUGCCAAGGAGAUUACGCACGGCCUACACGAACACGCAAUUGCUCGAGCUGGAAAAAGAAUUCCACUUCAACAAGUACCUGUGCAGACCCCGAAGAAUCGAGAUUGCGGCAUCCCUCGACCUCACCGAAAGGCAGGUGAAAGUGUGGUUUCAAAACCGGAGGAUGAAGCACAAGCGUCAAACGUUGAGCAAGGAGGACGGGGACGAGAAGGACGGUUCGGCGUCCGACGGGAUGGAGAAGUCCAAGGGUGAGAAAUUGUUGGCGAUCGACAACGAGGAGAAGAAGAGUUGCCACAACUGUGAUAUCUCGAGCGUGGGCGACCCUGUUGGCAGCACCCUCUCCGGCGACGUGACCGAGCUCACCUCGUCCUCCAAUCGUCGACUCGUCAACAACAACAACAACAACAACAACAACAAC